CUUUCCUCCCCUUCCCCACCAAAUCCUCUUCUUCUCGCCACCCCACCUCUCCUGGACGCCUCUCCCCUCUCCUCUACUCAAGACAUUUGGAAUCCUCUAGGGAGCUAAUGGAUACUAAGGAAUCAGCUUGGCACAUUCUUCCGUCGAGUCCCUUUCCAGAAGAGGAGCAUUAAAGACAUGCACGUUGCUUGCUCCCCCCUUGUUUUUUCUUUUCCUAAAACAAGACCCAGCCUUCAACUUAGCUUCCUCUUCUUCUCCAAGUAUUUAUGAUUGCAGAUCAGGUACAAAAGGAGGAGUAGUUUGAUAAGGAUAUAGACCCGCAGCUAACUGGAAUUGAUUUGUAAGUGGGGAAUCUGCAGUAAAGGGAUGCUCUCUUCAUAUCGCAACUGUGGGAAACGGAAUGGGCAAUUGAAGGUCGCCUGACAAAUAGGGCUGAGUGAAGAUGCUGCCUCUGCGGGAAUGAAGUCACGGGGAGAUGCCUGUCGUGUGCAGAGGCUUUUGAGAGUUUUCUGACGGGCUCCCUUUCUGGAGGAUCGAGCCAUCCAUUUCAUUUCCCUGCUCCCUUGCCAAGAGCACUGCUUCACCCUCACCCUCCCCACCGAGUGGAUACAAAUAAGGUUUGCUCCAACCACAGCAGGGCAACUGAUGUUGGACCAUGGCUUUCCCAACAUCCAUGUGGCUGAACUGCGUGUGGAGAGCGAUGCUGGUCCGCCUGCUGCACAUGGGAUUGGACGCCACCUUCACCCUCUGCAUACUCGGGUUCUUGCUUCACGCCGCCGCCGUCUCGUCGCAAAAGUUGGAUGAUACCGACCCGGUGGUGACCACCAGCUUCGGGAAAGUCAGGGGGAUGAAGAAGGAGUUGAACAAUGAAAUUCUGGGGCCGGUCAUCCAGUUUCUCGGGGUGCCGUACGCAGCUCCUCCGGUCGGGGAGCGCCGAUUCCAACCUCCUGAACCGCCGUCUCCUUGGCCAGAUAUCAAAAACGCCACCCAGUUUGCACCGGUGUGUCCCCAAAACAUUAUAGAGGGCAGGUUACCUGAAGUCAUGCUCCCUGUCUGGUUUACUAAUAACUUGGAUAUAGUUUCUACCUACGUGCAAGAGCAGAACGAAGACUGCCUCUAUCUGAAUAUAUAUGUCCCAACUGAGGAUGUCAAAAGAAUAUCCAAGGAAUGUGCAAGGAAACCCGGCAAGAAAAUUUGUAGAAAAGGAGGUCCCCUAACAAAGAAACAGACAGAUGAUUUAGGUGAUAAUGAAGGUGCAGAGGAUGAAGACAUUCGAGAUAGUGGGGGGCCCAAACCUGUGAUGGUGUAUAUUCACGGAGGGUCCUACAUGGAAGGCACUGGAAAUUUAUAUGAUGGCAGUGUGCUGGCAAGCUAUGGCAAUGUGAUAGUCAUCACCGUCAACUACCGGCUUGGGGUACUUGGUUUCUUGAGCACAGGGGAUCAAGCAGCUAAAGGAAACUAUGGCCUCCUUGACCUCAUUCAGGCCUUGAGGUGGACUAGCGAAAACAUUGGGUUCUUUGGGGGCGACCCGCUGAGAAUCACUGUUUUUGGAUCUGGCGCCGGCGGCUCAUGUGUCAAUCUCUUGACUUUAUCCCAUUAUUCUGAAGGUAACCGUUGGAGCAAUUCAACCAAAGGACUUUUUCAAAGGGCAAUAGCUCAAAGUGGAACAGCUCUUUCCAGCUGGGCAGUCAGUUUUCAACCUGCAAAAUAUGCCAGGAUGUUGGCUACAAAGGUUGGCUGCAAUGUGUCCGACACUGUAGAAUUAGUAGAAUGUCUACAGAAGAAGCCUUAUAGAGAACUCGUCGAUCAGGAUAUCCAACCAGCCCGAUACCACAUAGCCUUUGGUCCAGUCAUUGAUGGGGAUGUGAUACCAGAUGACCCUCAGAUAUUGAUGGAGCAAGGAGAGUUCCUCAACUAUGACAUAAUGCUGGGCGUCAACCAAGGAGAAGGGUUGAAAUUUGUCGAAAACAUUGUCGACAGCGAAGAUGGCAUAUCUGCAAGUGACUUUGACUUUGCUGUUUCAAACUUUGUCGAUAACCUAUAUGGAUACCCUGAAGGCAAAGAUAUACUGAGAGAAACAAUUAAAUUUAUGUACACUGACUGGGCAGAUAGACAUAAUCCUGAGACAAGAAGGAAAACACUGCUGGCAUUGUUUACUGAUCAUCAGUGGGUUGCACCAGCGGUUGCUACAGCUGAUCUUCAUUCAAAUUUCGGAUCACCCACAUAUUUUUAUGCCUUCUACCAUCAUUGCCAAACAGACCAGGUACCUGCAUGGGCAGAUGCUGCUCAUGGGGAUGAGGUUCCUUAUGUAUUAGGAAUCCCGAUGAUUGGUCCUACUGAAUUGUUUCCUUGCAAUUUUUCCAAAAAUGACGUCAUGCUGAGCGCAGUGGUGAUGACGUAUUGGACAAACUUUGCAAAAACUGGGGAUCCGAAUCAGCCAGUCCCACAAGAUACGAAGUUCAUUCACACGAAACCCAAUCGUUUUGAGGAAGUAGCAUGGACCAGAUACUCUCAGAAAGACCAGCUUUACCUUCACAUUGGAUUAAAGCCGCGAGUGAAAGAACAUUACAGGGCCAACAAGGUGAACCUGUGGUUAGAACUGGUACCUCACCUGCACAAUCUUAAUGACAUUUCACAGUAUACCUCUACGACGACUAAAGUGCCAUCAACUGAUAUUACUUUCAGACCAACCCGGAAAAAUCUGGUACCCGUAACUUCAGCCUUUCCUACAGCCAAGCAAGAUGAUCCCAAACAACCGCCAAGCCUAAUUUCAGGAGAUCAAAGAGACUACUCCACGGAGUUGAGUGUAACUAUUGCUGUUGGAGCAUCUUUGCUGUUCCUGAACAUUUUAGCCUUUGCAGCUCUAUAUUACAAAAAGGACAAGAGGAGGCACGACGUCCAUCGGAGAUGUAGCCCGCAGCGUACAACUACCAAUGAUCUUACGCACGCACAAGAAGAGGAGAUAAUGUCCCUUCAGAUGAAGCACACUGACUUGGGUCAUGAAUGUGAAUCCAUCCAUCCACAUGAGGUGGUUCUCAGGACCGCCUGCCCCCCAGACUACACACUAGCUAUGAGGCGGUCACCUGAUGAUAUUCCUUUAAUGACCCCCAACACCAUUACAAUGAUACCCAACACUAUACCUGGGAUUCAACCCUUACACACAUUUAAUACAUUUACUGGUGGACAAAAUAACACACUGCCCCAUCCUCACCCUCACCCGCACCCCCAUUCACAUUCAACAACUAGGGUAUAGCCAGACAAGGUGAGAC